AGAUUCCUCUGUCCGUGAUUUUUAUUGCGUUUUUUUUCCUUAUAAAUAAAAUUUAUUGUACUGUGAGCAACAAGUACGCUCUGUUAACGCAAUUAGUGCUGCCGGGUGAUUAAUUACUAAACAAUAUUUUAAAUAAAUCAGUGUCAAGUUACCUAAGUGAUUAAUAAUUAAAAUAAUAAUUAUCACCCAUAAUCAACUGGGCUUAUUUAAUUAGACAGAGGUAUUAAUCACGGACUGCAGUGACGUUGAGUAAAGUGAGACAGGUGUUGAAUGCAAUUUAAACUUCUGUGGGUGCCGUUAACGCAUAUGGAAAUUAACAGCCGUAAUUUGUUUGUGAAAUUAUCCAGCAUCACGCAGAAUAUUAGUAUCGAGAGCUUUUAUGAUAAAUAAUUGCAUAAUUAUUUAUUUACAACGAAUGUUGCGUGUUAAUAUUUAAUAAAUAAUCAGUGUGCAAGGCCUUUCUCUCUUUGGUUAGUGGUUGUGAUCCUCGCUCACUGGAGUCCAGCUAUUGAGCAAAGUGCAAUUCGGAGCAAAACAAUUACAGAAAAUACUCGCCGAUCAUCCGAAUGAUAGGGUAGAGUCUGAGGUUGUGUGUGUAUAUUUAUUAUAAAUUGUAUAUUGUAUAUUGUAUAUUAGUGCAGAGGGCAUGUAGUAGAGGUCCAUUUAUAGCACGGAAGAGCAAUGGGUGUGUAUAUUCCUUGAAAAAAGCUCCGUGAAAGUUUAUGACCCAUAAAAUGACCGAGCGAAAACCAAAACAACCAUUUGCUGUUAACGAAUGCAAGAGAACAAGGAUUGGCUCAGCAGAUGCUAAUGCUGCUCUCGUAUGUGCUCCGUAAUUUUAAAAAAAUUACGCGAGCGAUUAUUAGGGAUCUGGAGUGAUAAAAUAAUAAAUAGCCGCUGGGUUUAAUUAUUUCUAAAAGACCGACUGGUUAUCGCCACGAACACUUUUAACGGGCAGUUACGUAUGUGUGUAAAAAUAUGUGUAUGAACAGUACGAGGUAUUUACGCAAGUGAAUGAUUAAGGUUCAGUCUUAUUGUUGAUAAUUUUGUUGAACAAAAUGUCGGAGCACGGGGACACGGAUAUCGACCCCUCGGAGGAGAUAAACGUGGACGAGUUGGACUCGAGGAGCUGUAGUCCAAGAAACUACGAGAAUAUAAGUGACGAGCGUCACAUUAACGAUGCACCGUCGGAAUGCUCGACGUCGCCCCCAUCGCCGCCAGCGAGUCACACCAAGACCCUGGUGGGCGAGUCCUCGUCGCGGAACCAUCCCUUCAGCAUAAGCCGUCUGCUGGGAGAGAGCAAUGGGAUCAGGAACCCCAAGAGCCCCAGCUCGGACGAUCCCGAGAGCGAUAAGGAGAGACGAUGGGUCUGGGACGACAGCAGCAGUAAUCGCAAUAACAAUAGCAAUAUUGAGGAUGACAAGAGACUGUGGGGUGGAGACCUAGAGGAGAAAAUGUCGGAAAAGGACGAUGACGACACUGGAAGCACAGCGGAAAUGCAUCCCGGGUCCUCCGUGUAUCCGGCAGAUCUGCUGACACCUCUGAGACUGUUCCCUGGUGGCUCUGGACUUAUUUACACCGGGGGCAGUGUGAUAAGGGUGCCUGCUCACAGGCCGCCAGGCCCAAAUGGCUCUCACUCUUCUGUUCUUCCGUCCCAAUCGCUUAUUCCGCCCUGGAGUCUUCAGGCUCUUCAGCACAGCCAGCAACAGGCCGCGGUUGCGGGGAUGCACAGGGCUAAUAUUCUAGCGAAUCUCGCUGCCCAUCCUCUACAAGCUCACUCACAUCUCAAAGACCGACUUGCAGUGGCAGGAACUUUCCCAAGAAGAAUUGGGCAUCCUUAUCAAAAUCGAACGCCGCCGAAAAGAAAGAAACCGAGGACAAGUUUUACAAGGCUGCAGAUUGCUGAAUUAGAGAAACGUUUUCACAAACAAAAGUAUUUAGCUUCUGCGGAACGAGCGGCCCUCGCAAAGUCACUUAAAAUGACGGACGCUCAGGUUAAAACGUGGUUUCAAAAUAGAAGAACCAAGUGGAGAAGGCAAACUGCCGAGGAACGAGAGGCAGAGAGACAGGCAGCGAAUCGGUUGAUGCUCUCCCUGCAGGCAGAGGCACUGGGCAAAGUCGGAUACCCAUCCGGGAUGCCCAGUCACUCAUCGAGUGCACAAGUGAGCAACCUCGAGGGUCAAUCUGGCGCAUCCUCCCUUGGACACUCUGUUACUCAGUGGGUUUCGCCUUACGGACCUUCUCAGCCCCUCACUGAGCCAAUCUGUUAAUUUAUUUAUUAAAAACCUUAACAUCAUAAUUACUAUUAAUUUUUUAUUUUUAAUUAUUAACUAUUAAUUAUUAAUUAUUACUAAAUAUAUAA